AUGCAGAAAAAUGAUGAGGAUCUUGUUUUCGUUUUUAAGUCCAAUAACAAUAUGGACCACAGUGCUACGAACUCUAGAAAUUCUGAUGAGAAAGAAUUGCCAUCUGGUGUCCAAGAUGAUGAUAUCAAUACAAUGAGACACAUUUUAAGCAAAAGCGUUUGCAACGGUAUGGAUCGUGUCGCUGCUGAAGUUUUACAGGGUCGAAUGAAGAGAAAUGAGAAGAAGUGGAAAGCUGCAGACGAUCCAGAGACCUUAGUUUCUGACAACAAAAUCGACGAACAUUUAUAUAAUCUAUGUGUUGAUUUAGUAGACACAACAAUAAGUACAAACGGUUCAAAAGUUGAUCACAAAUGUGUAUCGAAUUCAAAACAGGAGCAGGAUGGGUUAACUUCGAGAUCAGAGACAGUUACAAAAAGAAUAAAAUUCAAAGAAUUUGAUGAUACGGAUCCUUACGAACUUAACAAUAAUCCGACUGACAAAUUUUACAUACUGGAAAACAAUAAUGUUUUAGAUUUGGACCUUCCUAAUGUACCGAGGCUUAAACAUACGAAAUUUUCACAAAAAGAAAAUUUAAAAACGCAGUCAUUGAUUUAUCCAAAGAAGAAAAAACAUUUAACACAACAGUCCCAGAGUUUUAACAUGUCUAAAUCUAGAAAAAAUGCCAAAAACGAUUUUUUAAAUACAAUCAAGAGAGAACUGCAAAAUCAUGAUAUAAUUGAGGAACCUCGAAAUAUGUUCGAAGCCCUCAAAGUAAAGGCCCGCAACAAAAUAAAAUAUAAUAAGCAUAUUCAUUUUGACAACACUACUCAUAUAAAAACUGGAAAGGAUUCAAACGAUCCGGAUUGCGAGUUUAAUUCUCCUAAGCUUAUUCAAACAAAGAAAUUAAAUAGAAAUGGUUUGAAAGGGAAUAAGUUUGCAGACAGAUCUCCAAUGCAGAAGCGACGAAUUGAAAAACCUCGUAAUUAA